UCUAUGUAACGAACAAAAUUUUCCUACACCCUCUCUCUGUUUUCUCUCUCCAUCUCUUUCUCCGCGGUCAUAGAUAGAAGAUCUCUCUAAUUCUAAAACACUUGAGAGAGAGAGAGACAGAGAGACAGAGACGCCUUUGGCAUCUUGGGCUCGUUUGAGGAGUGAGCACGGUCAAGUCGUUGUCGUUUCAUAAUUUUCUAUGGGGUGCUCCUCUCUCACCGACUCUAACUUGUUUUCCAUUCUAUUGUUUAAUAAAUCAUACAGAGAGGUUCAAAUGGUCAAACCAUCAGUUUAUACAUGGAAAUAAAAAAUCCCACUCUACCAUAAUUGAUUCCCCCAAUCAGAAAAUAUCCCAAGAGAGGGAGAGAGUUUGGGGAAUCCGAAACCUUUCCUGAUCCUGCCUGCCAUGUCUGAGAUUGUCAAAGUAGCUUGGGGAAGGUACCUCUUGCAGCUUCAAUCCAAUCCUCUCAGGACUAAGGCGUUCACAUCGGGGUUUUUAGCUGGUUGUAGUGAUGCUAUAGCUCAAAAGAUUUCUGGGGCCAAAAAGCUUCAAUUGAGAAGACUGCUUCUUAUUAUGCUCUAUGGCCUUGUAUACGCAGGCCCACUUGGGCAUUUCUUCCACAAGAUGAUGGAAAAGAUUUUCAAAGGAAAGAAGGGUAACAAAACUACUGCUCAGAAGGUGCUGCUGGAGCAGGUUACUAUUUCCCCUUGGAACAACUUUCUUUUCAUGGCAUAUUAUGGUCUGGUGGUUGAAGGAAGGCCAUGGAAUUUGGUCAGGACUAAAAUCAGAAAGGAUUGGCCUAUUGUUCAAUUAACAGCAUAUAAGUUUUGGCCUGUAGUAGCUUGGGUCAACUAUCAGUAUAUGCCACUGCAGUUGCGUGUACUGUUCACGAGCUUUGUUGCCUCAUGCUGGGCUGUAUUUCUGAAUCUAAAAGCAAGAUCUGGUGCCACUAAGAAGGCUUAAAGAGGAAGCCCAUUUCAGUUUUCAUCUCUUUUGAUUUGGAAAUAUUUAAAUGUUUUUUUUUGGGGGGGUCGCGGGGGUGGGUUUGGAUUUGGCAUGGAGACUUCUUAUGAUUCGUUUUGCAUUUUCCCCCUUUCUGAGCUUUGGGAUCUUAAUUGUUAUAGUGUAAUACAAAGUUGGUUUAAUUACUAUGCCAUGAAAGAAAGGUUAUCUGUGUUUUUGUU